GUGAAAGCAGAGCGCUGAAUGGUUGCUAUUGGCAACAUGGCCAGCCUUACGUUUGGGCCCUGUUCGCAUUUGUGAACCCUUUGUCGCAGAUUCCGUCACAUCUGACAUAUUCUAGUCAACAAUGGUGUAUCUAAUCAGUCAUGAAGCGGCCGGUGAGCCCGGCUUACUCUACAGACUCCUUACUGACCAUUCCUAUGUGCGAUGAUGGGCAUCCGGACCCCCUAACAAUGGACCUUCAGUCCAAGCAGAAAAUUCUACCGUCCUACACCCUGUGCAACGUCUGCAACAUCCAGCUCAACUCCGCCGCCCAGGCCCAGAUACAUUACAAUGGCAAAUCUCACCAAAAAAGGCUAAAACAGAUCAACAAGGGCAAGAACCCGAGCAUCCACGGUGCCCCCACUCCUGGAGGUCCAUUGUUGGCUUCUCUAGGGAUACCCAGCCGAGCCAUCCAAACACAUCUGGACAUCAAGCAUCUAUUAACAUUCAGGAUCAAUGGAGUUUCUCCACUUAGCCUCUUCCCAAACUUCAAUGCGAUGGACCCCGUGCAGAAGGCCGUCAUCAACCAUACGUUCGGGGGGCCGUCCCCUCCCAAGAGAAAACCUUUUAUAUCCUGCAAUAUUUGCCAUCUCAGGUUUAACUCCCUGAACCAAGCUGAAGCGCACUACAAGGGUCACAAACAUGCCAGGAAGCUCCGAGCCUUAGAGAACGCACGGCACAAGCAGAAGCAGCAUGGCGGUCGAGACAGAGCGUCGCUGCCCCCGGUGGACACCAAAAGAAACACAGACCCUCUCACUGAAGGUUUAGACACACGAAGUGUAAUGGGCAGGCUCAGCGAAGCGGAAGGCAGUCCGCGCACCCCGACCCCGGAGCCGUCCAGUGCCGACCAGGAGGAAGAAUGUGGCUCCCCAGAGGCCUCCGACAGUUCGCCUGAAGUGAUGGACACGGGGCCCCUGGUGCCCGACGUUCCAUACAGUCCCGAGAAGGCUUCGGAGGACAGCUGCGCUUCACCACAGGACAGCGAGAAGGAACGCAAGAAUCGGGAACACUUAUACUGCGCCACAUGCAAAGUCACUGUGAACUCCGCCUCUCAACUAGAGGCCCAUAAUGCCGGAGCAAAGCACAAAUCCAUCCUGGAAGGACAAAGUACUCACCAGAGAAGAGGAAGAGGCAAAGCGCUGAACCGCGCUGCCCGAAAAACCAAAAGGAUUGGCAACAAAGCCAGCAUCGGCCUCCAGAAUAAAGCCUUUCACUGUCCAGUAUGCGAGAUCCACGUCAACUCCGAAACCCAACUCAAACAGCACAUGAGCAGCAGAAGACAUAAAGACAGACUGGCCGGGAAACCCCCCAAGCCGAAAUACAGCCCAUUUAGCAAACUGCAGAAGAACGCUGCACUGGCGACCAGACUGGCUCUACAUAAACAGCUGACUAAGACUUUGGCCGCUCGUUUUCUUCCGGGUGCUCUCACGCCGACAGCCGUCUGCACGCUUCCAAGCCCGUUUACUUUUCGUCCUGCUACGGCGGCUGCUCUCUUCCAGACUCCCCUGCUGGGACCAGCUCUUUUCCGAAGCCCCCCGCCUGCUCUGCGGCCUUCCCCGGCGCCCAUCAUGUUCGCUCCCUAUUAGCCUGGCAUCAUUUGCAGGACUACAAAAAGAGAACAUUAUAAAAAGGUGAAGCUGUAAUGACCGCAAAGCUGCCUACCCCGAGAGGCAUCGAAAUAUAUAUCAUUGUUGCUUCGCUCAUAAUCCAAAGCACAUCCACCAUCUUGGACAUUGCAGUUACCUAUCCAAGCCAAUGUAGGAUGGACAGCCAUAGAUGCCCAGGUCCACCUGUUUCCAUGGAUGGUGGCAGGGAAAGUGGUCUCCUUACCUUCCAUUGCACUGGGGCCAGUAGGUAAUGAUUUGGGAGAAAUAGGGCCAAAUCUCCCUGGUGGGUCAGAAAAGUGACCACAUAGAGAAUUAAUAGCAAUAACGUUGUUUUGGUUAAUAUUGUUAAUGUGUAAUGUGCCGGUAAGGCCUAGAACGAGCAACCAAGGUCGGGGGUGUCAUGGCUCCAGAUGGCCCACACUGUGAUAUCGUCACCUCAUAACAUUCUCACUCCCAAAUAGGGGGAACACCGAUGCCUUCACAUGCGAAGGAGUCCAAAAGUUUGGUAAAUAAUAGAAUCCUGGCCUAAAUACUUAAAGGGGUACUCGGCCCCUAGAUAUUUUAUUCCCUAUCCAAAGGAUAGGGGAUAAGAUGUCUGAUCGCCGAGGGUCCCCUGCUCCACCUGGCGUUAGUUUAGAGUGUUGAGUGCAGCGCCGGAGGCUCGUUAUGUCAUGGCCAC